CCUCCCCUAGACCCUCCUUUACCCCCCCCGCGGGUCCCCCCCGGGCCGCCCCUCCCGCGACCCCCCCAUGGAGAACUUCCAGAAAGUGGAGAAGAUCGGGGAGGGCACCUACGGCGUCGUGUACAAGGCCCGGAACAAGGUGACGGGGGAGGUGGUGGCACUCAAGAAGAUCCGCCUGGACACGGAGACCGAGGGCGUCCCCAGCACGGCCAUCCGGGAGAUCUCCCUGCUCAAGGAGCUCAACCACCCCAACAUCGUCAAGCUCCUGGACGUGAUCCACACGGAGAACAAGCUCUACCUGGUCUUCGAGUUCCUGCACCAGGACCUGAAGAAGUUCAUGGACUCCUCGUCCCUCAGCGGCAUCGCGCUGCCCCUCAUCAAGAGUUACCUGUUCCAGCUGCUGCAGGGCCUGGCGUUCUGCCACGCUCACCGGGUGCUGCACCGGGACCUCAAACCGCAGAACCUGCUCAUCAACGCCGACGGCGCCAUCAAACUGGCCGACUUCGGGCUGGCCCGCGCCUUCGGGGUGCCCGUGCGCACCUACACCCACGAGGUGGUGACCCUGUGGUACCGAGCCCCCGAGAUCCUGCUGGGCUGCAAGUACUACUCGACGGCCGUGGACAUCUGGAGCCUGGGCUGCAUCUUCGCUGAGAUGAUCACCCGCCGUGCCCUGUUCCCGGGGGACUCGGAGAUCGACCAACUCUUCCGGAUUUUCCGCACCCUGGGGACCCCCGACGAGGCCGCCUGGCCGGGGGUCUCGGCCAUGCCCGACUACAAGCCCAGCUUCCCGAAAUGGGCCCGCCAGGACUUCGGCAAAGUGGUGCCUCCGCUGGACGAGGAGGGGCGGAAGCUGCUGGCGCAAAUGCUGCACUACGACCCCAACAAGAGGAUCUCCGCCAAGGCGGCGCUGGGACACCCCUUUUUCCAGGAUGUCACCCGAGCUGUCCCCCACCUGCGCCUCUGAGAACCCCCCCACCCCAGGGGUCCCCCCAGAGCAGAGCCAGACCCCCCCCACCGGGACAGGGGGGGGUCCCAAGGCCUGUCCUGCUCUGCCCCCACAGCACCCACGGGGCCCCCCCCAACCUGGACUCUUGGCACUUAAUGGCCCCUCUGGGGGGGUCUCUGGGACCAGCACGGGGGGGUGCUGAGCACCUUUGUGUCCCCCCCCCAUCCUCCUCCCCCUCCUCGCUGUCCCCAAGCUCGGUGCUAUGGGGGGGUCCUGUCCCUCCCUCCUCUCAGCCCCGCGGGGGUGGGACAUUGGUUUCACCCCGGGGGACUCCCACUGAUGGGGACUCCCCCUUGUCCCCCCCUGGGCCCCCGCCCCCCCCUUGGGGGCCCUGCUGCCCCUCCCCUCCCCCCUCGUGGGUUUUUCUUGUAACUUCUGCAAAUUU